AUGACUUCUGUUAACAUCAUCAACAACUAUGGUAUUAUAAACUUUACUACUCCAAGUAAUGAUAUCACAUUCUCUUCCACUACUGGAACUCCUGUUGUUGAACCACACUAUAAAAUUAUCAACCUCAAAACUAAUGAGCAUGAAACGUUACAAAAACUUGAUUUCAACCAACCUAAGGUUGUUAAUAGCAAUAGCACUACACCAAAACCUAACAUAAUAGAGCGUUCUGUUGAAAAUUCCUUUUCACCAAGAGAUAUUACUACUGAACUUACGCAUUUAUACACUCAAGAUUCUUCACAUAAACUAAGUUAUCCUCAAAACUUUACUAAAUCUUGCAAACACCCUUCUCUGAACCUCUCAAAAAGAAAAGAAUCUGAACAUUCUCCUGAAGAAACUAUUAAACACCUUUCGACUAACAGACUUUCUCAUUAUUCUAAAUUAACUCAUGGAGGUAUUUCUGAAGAAUUUUGGAAACUUUUCUUAGAUAAUGAAGGACUAGGUUUAUGUGAUGAAAUUAUGAAGCAAUGGACUGGAUUUAAAGAAAUGAAAUUGAUAUAUGAUAGUUCACAACAAUUCUUUGAUUCAAGAGGUUUUAAUGAAAAAGUAUGUGGAAGAAAAAAUUUAUUAAUAAUUGUUGUAAGUGGUAAAUCAAUAUUUGGUUCAUGGCACUCAAAACAAAUUCCUAAAGAAAAGAAGGAUGGAUUUGUAUAUGUUAAAAAUGAUGAAAAUCAUUUUGUAUUCACACUUAGAAAUAUUUACAAUAUUAAUCCUACUAAAUUUCUUCCUAGAGAAGUUAAUCACCACUCAAAAAGUUUAUGUAUUUCUGGAAGUAAGAAUUCAACCUGUAUUGUAGGAUGUUAUUCAUGUUAUUUUGUAGAAACAUUAGAUAAUGAAUCAACAGUUGAUUGGUCAUUUUCCAGUACAUAUCGAGAUACUAGUGGGAAAGGACAUUUAAUAUUUACCGGGAAACAAGCAUUUACUACUGAUCGUUUACUUGCAUUCUAUGGGGAGUAA